ACUUCAGGAGCAGGUUCUGAUUGGCGACGCUGCUGCUGAGUUAUGCUAUUGGAAUGCGCUCCUUAAACAAACGACGACAAACAAACCAAAAAAAAAUAACAACGAAAAAUAAAUUAAUCCGUGAAAAUUGCAAUUUGUGAAUAUUAUUGCAAAAAGUGAAAUGCCGCUACAUGUUUGUUUGAGCCAAAAGUGAAAAGACAACGCAGCCAGACAAAAAGUCUAAGACUCCUCCUGUAUUUGUGUUUGUGCUUAUGUGUGUGUGAGCGUGUGUGUUUGUGGGUGCGCGCACAACAAAAAUAUAAAUAAAACACACAAGCAGCGCCCCCAUCGUCAAUGUCAAUGAAUGAAGUUGAUAAAAAGUGAAAUAAAAGGCCUUUAAUUGCCGCUGCAGUCAAUAAAUCAUCAAACGAAAAUAUGAAAGCAUCUCUGGAAUUUCGUGUGUAAAAUUAGAAUCACAGGAAAAAGAUACAAAAUACACUAGUGUAAUGCCAAAGAGGCAUACAUCGUAAAGUGCGUCCAUAGUUUCUCCACUGUGUGUGGAGGAGAGGCGAGGCAUCAUCGGCAACAGCUCAAUGCUGAUGCUGCUGCUCCCCACUUCUACUUCCUGCCCAUAUGCUAGCUCCAACAGCAACAACAGCAACAACAACAACAACAGCUACAACGACAACAACAAAAACGCAACGUGCUCUCCUCUAUUGCUACUGGGGAUGCUGCCAAUUGCCGCCGCUGUUGUUGCCUUUUGCCGUUUGCCUGCGCCAACUCCACAACUGAGCUGAGAGAGGGCGCUCUACGUAAAGCCAACUGAAGUGAGAGAGCGAGCGCCAGUGAGCGCGCGUGAGAGAGCGUGUCGUGAGUAUAUCGCUAUGUGGUGGCUGUGAGCAGCAGGCAGUAAGCGGUGCCACAAGUGAGCAGCCUGAGAGAGAGAGUGAAUUCAUUUCAAUUCGUAACGUCAACGUAAUCGCACGUAUCGCGCAAUCGUCGUGGUGUCGCGCAACUGCAUCGAAAACGAAAAACGGUUAAUGGCGAAUUUUAUCGCGCCAAACGAAUAAUAUUCGGCAAACACAUUGAACGAAAGAUCGCACGUUCGAGCGAGAUCAAAAGUGUGUGUGUUUUAUGCGGGAAGUUUUGUAAGCUACACUCAAGUGAGUGCCCGUGAUUGUGACUGUGAGUGUUUUGUUUGAGUGCUUCGAAUGUUUUGCUGCCGACAGCAAAAACAACAAUAAGAACCUAACAACAACAACAACAGCUAGCAAUAACAAUAACAAUAACAAUGCCGCAAUGCUGCGAUGCUGAGAAGUGAUGAUGUUAUGAUGUUGUUGUUAUUGUGAGUGGAGCCAAGAGCACCAGCAGGAUAUUUGAAACGGUGUGCGUGUGCGUGUAUGUGUAUCUGUAUGUGUAUGUGUGCUUGCUUGCGUGCACUGCGGCACCACAGGCAACAUUAUGUGAAGUGUUCAAUUUAAUGAAUAAAUGAAUAUACGCGCACACACACACACAUCCACAUCCACACAAAUACACAUGCAGCUGGCAGCAACUAUGAAAUAUUGACGUGCAGGACGCAGUGCAAACAAAACAGCAGCAACAACAACAACACAAAAAAACUGAGACUCAACUGAAUAGCGAUAAGGUUACAGAUGCCCUAAACACACACACACACAGGCAGGCUUAAAAAGGAUACGAAGGAGUAUACAAGGCUGUAACUGGAUACAUGUUUACUCAUAAGAAGGCGCUCAGUCUCUGUCCCUGUCUUCGAGCAACGUUGCCGCAGUGCAGCAGACAACAAGAACAAAUAACGCCAACGCAUCGUCGUUGUGACAUCAACGUAAUCCAUCUGCAGCUAAUGCCAGCACACAACAGCAACACCAACAGUCGCAGCAACAUUCUCAGCAGCAGCAGGUGCAGUUGUUGGUGUACAGGAAACGAAGAGGAACGCAGGACAAGACAAAAACAACGACGUGCUUUGCAGUGAUAAAAAAACAAACACACUCAACACACACUGACAACGAAUUAUAAACGACGAGUCAAGAGAAGAGCAACAGCAACAAAAAGAACAACGAAGCAUGACGUCGACGUCAUUGUCAUCGGUGAUUAAUAAAGCCGGAAAUGUGAUUGUAGUUUUAGUGAGCCUACAGCUAAUAUGGCUAACAUUAGCCGGCUGUCGGGAGCUGCCACUUGGCAUUGAUUAUGGCAGCAUGUCCGCCUCCAUAGAGGAUGUCGACGUCAUCGACACACAGGUCACCGAGGAGAGUGCAUCACCGCAUCGAACUAAUCUCGAUGCCGCACUCAGUGGCGAGGAUAACAAAUCAGCUGGCAGCGCAUCCGGCGCAGCAGCAGCAGGAGCAGCGGGAGUAGCUGGAGCUGGCACCUUGCUGGAGGAGUUCAAUGGCGGCAAACUGAGUGCAGCCGAGGCGAGCAACACGCUGCCGAUCUUCCUCAGUGAGCCGGAGAGCGUGUUUGUGGUGAAAAAUCGACCGGCGGUGCUCAAGUGCAAGGCGUCGCAUGCGUUGCAGCUGCACUUUAAAUGCAGCGGCAGUUCACAGCCACCGCCAUCGACGCACGACAAGCACGUGGAUCCGCAUACCGGUGUCCACAUGGAGGAGGUGACUGCCACCAUACAUCGCGAUCUCGUCGAUGAGUACUUUGGCAAGGGGCCCUUCAAGUGCGAGUGCCAGGCGUGGUCGUCGCGCGGCGUGGUCAAGAGUCAGGCUGCCACGGUGCACAUAGCAUACAUUCGCAAGUCCUUUGGUCAGUCGCCCACAUCGCUGCGCCUCGAGCUGGGCAGCCGGGCGGAACUGCAUUGCGAGCCGCCCGGCGGUUUUCCGGAACCGAAGCUCAGCUGGCACAAGAACAAUGCAGUCAUCGGUGUCGAGCCAGGCGAGCCAGGCAUCACUGUGGCCGGCAGCAGUCUCACCUUUCGCCAGGUUGCGCUGCAGCAUAUGGCCAACUAUAGCUGCAGUGCGGAGAACAUUGCCGGCAAACGCGUCUCCGACUCGGCUGUGCUCAUUGUCUAUGUGAAUGGCGGCUGGAGCGCCUGGAGUCCGUGGCGUGAGUGCAAGUGCAGUGGAAAACCGAGUCAGGGACGCAAGCGAACGCGCACCUGCACCAAUCCGAUGCCCUUGAAUGGUGGCGCCCAAUGUGCUGGUCCCCAGAUCCAGAAGUCCGCCGACUGUGCCGCCUGUCCAGAGGACACUCAAAUUGUGAGCGCUGAUGGAUUUGACAUUUCGUCGAGUAAGCGCAUUGCACGCUGGUCCUCGUGGAGCGAAUGGAGCAUCUGUUCCGCGGAAUGCAUACAAGUGCGUCGCAGAAAAUGCCUGACACAUGCCACUGGCAACGGCAACAGCGAUGUGGCAGAUGAAGCCGGCGAGCUGCUGCCUGGAGGUGUGGGCGCCGCAGCCCUAAGCAGUCUGGGAAGUAGCAGCGAUGGCGCCACGAGCAGCGAUACUAGCAACAACAACAACGGAGAUGCUGAUGGUCCAGGAUAUAGCAAAUCAUUGUGCGCCGGAAAAGACAUACAAACGGCCGAAUGCCGUGGAGAGCAGUGUCAGAUUGGCAAGGAUGACUUCGAUUGGACACUGUACUUGGGUCUGGCCUUCAUCACGGCUGUUUGCUUUGCCUUUGGAGCGGCCCUCAUCUGCUGUGCCCGACGCGGCAUUCGCGCCAAUCCGCACUAUAACAUGGCACGUUCAGUUAUGGAUGCGGAUUACAUGCCCGGCGUUGUCGACAAGAAGGAGAUGCGCAUGCACAUCGAGGCCGCCAAUUUGGGAUACGAUUAUGUCAAUCCCGGACAUCGUUAUUUACCUGGCGAGCACAUCGUCGGCAUGGGCAUGGGAGUCGGAGUCGGAGUCGGCGGAGUUACCGAACAUCAUUACGAUGUGCCCAAUCUGUCGGCCAACUAUACAAAUCCCAUUGACGAUCUCAGCGGGGAUUACCUGUCGGACACAGGCGACUCCUCCACAGCUGACACCUCCAACUCGACUUUCGAUAUGAAUGCCAAGCUCUCGAUACUGAAUACCUCGAAGAGCACAAGCUACGAGCUGCUGGGCAGCAGUGGCGGACAACUGCGACUCUAUGGAGGCGAACUACUUCUCUUUGUGCCCGAACUGGCCAUUGGCAAGCAUCUGAAGAAGCAUGUGUCGCUGAUGCUGCUGAGCGACGAAUGCAGUCGCAUUGCCUGUGCCACCGAGAGCUCCAUUCUGUGCAGCAGUGUGGUGCACUGUGCUCCGCGCAACUACAGCUUUGUGAAGCCCGUGAUACUGAAGAUCCCGCACAGUCUGUUGUCCCCAGAGCAGUGGCAUGUGCACAUCUAUCAUGCGGACAGCGAACACGACGAUCUCAAUGUGAGCUGGCGACGUGCGGUGUCUGUGGGCGAAGAGACUAUCAAUACCCCGAUGUUUGUGCAACUGGAGCCGACGCAUGUUUACAUCAUGACCGAGCAGCUGGGACACUUUGCGGUGGUCGCUGAGCCGAGGAUUCAGCAGCCGGCGAUCAAGAUGAAGUUGCUCGCCUUCAGUCAGCACACGCCGCCAAGCACCGCCAACUGCAGUCUGCGCAUCUAUGUGGUCAAGGAUUUCCCCAACAGCAAGGAUAUUUGUGCGAAUGUCGAGUGCAAAUUGGGUGGCAGUUACCUUGGGGAAAGUGAAGUCUUUGCCUUUGUGCUCAACAGUCGCAAUUUGAAUAUUCGCGUGCGUUCCACCGACGCCGAUGCAGCGCCCUACGAACAUGCGAUUCCCUAUCAGCACAUCCUAAGCAACAAUUCCAUAUUGCACUGUGAGUUCAGUGUGCGGCAGCGGGAUCAACAUGCUCUGUGCGUUGACUUUGGCCAGGGCGAUGAUCUGGACUUUUAUACGUUUAGCAUUCCCUCACAGCCGCUGGGAGGUUCAGCGGAGGAGUUGGCCUCGACGACGAAUACGACGAUUUCGAUUGAUCGCCAGGGCAACUAUGUGAACGAGAGCUGUGUGCUGGACUUUGUGCAGCUGCCACAUGCCACAAAGCGUCUGAUAUGCGCCGCCCUCGAUCCGCCGCGUGCCGAUGAGCGCGAUUGGCGGCUGUUGGCGAAGAAACUUAGCACCGAUCGGUAUAUUGCAUACUUUGCCACCAAACCCUCGCCCACCGAGCAGAUCCUCAAUCUGUGGGAGUGUCGGGCGAACAAUUGCAGCAACGGUAACGGUAACAGUUCCACGUCCAUUUCGCAUGCCAACACCAUUAUGGCUCUGCUGUUGACGCUCAAGGAGAUGGGACGUCAGGAUGUGCUGGACAUCAUUGUGGAGACAAUUGGACCGCUCUGGAUAUAGAGCGAGAAACACUGCGAAUUAUAAGCGAAACAACAACAAAACCGAAAAUGUUCAUGAGUUGCCUUUUAUUUGAAAAAAAAUCACUAAAAAAACGAAAGAAAUGUAAUCGAAAAUUGCAUCGAAAUGAAACGAAUUGAAGCAAAGAAUUCAAAAAAUAUGAUUAUGUAAUCAAAGUUUAGACGUAGACAUUAUAUAGACACAUUAGUUGAUAGAUUGUACUAGUUACAUAGCAAGAGAGAGAUAAGUUAGAAGAUGUAGUGAGUAGUGAGUACGAUGUGAAAUACUACGACUUCGACUACUACUUCUACUACAACUGCUCAAACGAACUCUGUUCCCCAUGGGUGCCAUGCAUUUUUGAUACUACAGACAUAAGGUAAAGAACGCGUACUCUAGAGUUAAAAGUUAUGUAUGUGGCUUAGCAAACUUAUAGUUUUAAACACUCAAAUUCUAGUAUUACACACAAACUAAAAUAUUUAUAUAUACCAUAUAUAGUUAUAUAUAUAUAUUAUAUAUACAUAUUAUGUAUGAACGAGUAUUGUAUAUUGUAUUUGUAGAGAACCAAGCGAUCCCCGAUAAGCUCAAGCACACAUAUAGCCUGCGUCUAUAUGUGCGUCAAGAAGUUGCAAACUGUUUGCCAAAUUGUUGAGUUUCUCAACCGACUCUAGUUAUAGCCGAUUAACCAGGAAUGACAUGAUUUAGUCUACAACUAUACACACGAACUAUAUAACUGAAUGAUAAACAUUAGACACACACACAUAUAACGCAUAUAAAUACAACGCAUACAUAGUCUAUGAAUUUAGUUGGUAGUUUCAUGAGAAAACAAAAAACCAAAAAACAAAACAACAACAACCGAGUAGCUUGUUAGACAUACUCAAGUGAUAAUCUUUGUAUUUGUCUUUAGUUCAUAAGUCAAUAAACUGUCGUUUAAAUCGUUAAUUCAACAAACAACCACAACAACAUCAACCAUGAAUAUUUCAUCAAAUAAUAGUAAAACAAAUAACCAAGUUAAACAACUACAAAAACUAAUUACACUAUAAAUAUGAAUAGAAUUUAGCCAUAAAUGCAACAUUCAUCAUGAACUAACUGAAUUGACACAGUUCCGAAAAUUGUGCAAAUGUUUUGUUUGAGAUACAGAUAAACGAUUUUUUUAACUGCUGUAGUUCUUAUGUAUUUAUAUAUGAUUUAAGUAAAUGACAACACAACGGAAAAUAAAAAUGAAUAAAGACGUUACUUACUGUAAAAACAUAAAA